UCUGUAUUCAGUGUGUGAAGCUGGUUAGAUCAGAAAGCAUCAGUUUCUGUGUUUGAUGUGAGAUCAUGUGAGUUUGGUCAGUGUUAUAUAGGGUGCCUGAUCUAACGGGUAACAGCAGUGAGGAGGAGCAUGAGAAAGUGAAAGUAAAACUAAACUCAACAGCUCGGGGUUUUCCUGAACCACGUGGCAUAUAAAUAGCUUGAUUUAUUAAUGUUUACUGUAUUUGUUUUCUAAAAAUCUUUAUAUUGAACACGUAAACUGUCUGGAUUCACUAAAGAUGGCAGAGGGACCUUCAUCUCCUACAGAGAUGUCAGAGAUCAGCUCUAGUCCAGAUGAUCCAGUGAUCCGGGUUCUUCUGAUAGGCAGAAAGUCUUCUGGGAAAAGCUCAUCAGGAAACACUAUAUUGGGAGAAACAAGGUUUAAAGAGCAUGUGUCUGAAGUGUGUGAUGGUAAAACACAGAUUGGAGAGAAGCAGGUGUGUGUGACUAUUUCUCCAGAUCUGAAUAAAGAGAAGCUGGAGAUGCUGAAAGAGCAGCUGGUCUCUGGAUGUUCAGCAGGUCUCAGUUCAGUUCUGCUCACCGUUCCUCUAGAGGAACCUGUGGGAAAUGAGGAAGAGAUCCUGUAUUAUAUUAAAGAUGUAUUUGGUCCUGAAGUUCAGAAGUACAUCAUGAUUCUGUUCACACAUGGAGAUGAGCUGGAGGAUCUGGAACAGACCACUGAUGAACAUCUAAAACAGAAAGAUCGUGCUGAUCUCCAGCGACUGUUGACUGAAUGUGGAGGAAGAUUUUACUGUUUCAAUAUCCAGAGUAAAUCAGAUGGUCAGAUACAAGGACUACUGCAGAAGAUUGAAGGAAUAAUGAUGGAGAACGGAGGGAAAUUUAUCAUGAAACGAAUGAAGAGGAGCAACAGCAAAGUCAAUAUUGUCAAUUUUUCAGAAGAGUCUCCAGCUGAAGAUCCAGAUUCAUCAGGUUCCUGAGAGGAAAGAUCAGAUCAGGCUGGUUCUGCUGGGAAAACAGGAUCUGGAAUAAGAGCCACUGGAAACACCUCGGCAGAAACGUGAUGCCGAUCAUGACAAACAAAUGCCUAAUUAAACACUUCAAAAUACUGGAAUAAACUAAACUCAUCUGAACUGAAGUAUCUGUUUGAAGAGAAAAACAUAAACUGUUUAUUUUCUGAGUAUUGAGAAUCACAAACUCUUUGAUGACCCAUCAAGACAAAAGCCCAGCUAUAAAGUAAAAACUGUUAAAUAAAUGCUGUUACAUACUAUUAAUCCAACAUCAGAUUUAAGACAGGCAUUUUUUCAUUACCAUGACAGUCUUUGUUUAAUGUUCUGUGGUUCAAGUAAAAUAUUAUUAAUGUGUUUUUAAAAACCCAAAACCAGCUGGAAACAUUUCUUGCUUCUUUAUAGUUGCAAAUGAAAUGAAAUAAAAAAAAAAAAAAACAAAGUAAAAAAUGUUGUUUUUUUUGUUUGUUUUUUUAACCCAACCGUUAGGUUAAACAUAUUUGGUCACAGUGUUGAGUUAUUUUCUAAAAAUGUUAUGUCAUUUUUUAACAUUGUUGGGUUAUUAUUAGUAAUAAACCAACUGUUGGGUUAAAUACAGUUUCUGCAGUGACGGUUCAAAAUUUAAAGUCCCAGUGACAGUCAACGGAAAGAUGUACUAUUACCUUAUGGAGGUGAUAAACUAUGCCUAGUCUGAAAUAACUAUCUAGCAUUACGCUUGUUUUACGGUAUUCGUGAUAGUCUUUCAGAUAUUUUUUUUCAGCUGUAGCUUUUUUCCUACAGGUGCAACUACAUUUAGUUAAAGAUUGCACUACAGAGCACUCCAAAUUUGGAACGAAAGAGCGCUACUCAUUUAAACCGUACCGCACAGACCGUUUACCAGCUUGCAGCUCAGACAUCGUUCACAUGACACCACAACAGUGCUGUGAGAUCCAGUGUGUUUGAAUUAGCUGAAAUCUCUGUUGGAAGAUGAAAGUGUGCAGAUAUUAUCAACAGCACUGACGUGGAAAACAGGAGAAACAUUGUGCAACCAAUUAAUGAUUAGUUCACAAUUAGUUAACAACAGUUCCCAUAGGGAACUAUACUCUCAUAUACUCUCACAGGCGCAAUGAUAUUACGCAGCGUCUCUCACAAAUGUCUCCAUGAUUGCAAGGCACUCCCUGUGCAAGCAGGGGGUCACAGGCGCUGUGUAAUAUCAUUGCGCCUGCUGCACUCAUGGUACGGCAGCAAAGUUCCUUGAUUAUUACGCCAGAAUGAGAGUAUAGUUCCUAGCCAUAUCGGCCUAGAAAAUCAUAACUUUUCAUUUUCCUUCGGUCUUAGUACACGAUGUAACUACAGAAGAGUCAAGAUUUAAAUAGGAAAAAUAUUGAAACUCUUUGGUCAUUUUUGAGCGAGAUGCUAACGGUCUAAUCAGAUUCAAUGAACUAUGCUAAGCUAUGCUAAAAGUGGUUUUCCCGCCAUUAUCUAUCACCAUGGACACUAACAUGAUCAUUCACAGCUGUAUGUCAUUUUAGUUAAUCAUCUGAGUAUUUAAGUUCCUGUCUUCCCUAUGUUCAUUGUCCGGUCUCGUAUAUCCUGUGUUGUGUUGCGUUCCUGCCUGUACCUGUUGGAUUUCCUAAGUAAAGACUUAUUUGAAUCUAA